UGAAGUGCAUAUACCCACCUUUACUUCAGACCUUUGCUCUCUGAGCAGCUGUCGCCUGGCUCGUAUGGAGGCGAAUCUCUACCUUUCUUGAGCACGCAAGCCUAAAGCGUGCACGACAUGGCUACAGCUGCAGGACUCAACCAGCAGGCAGCACUUGAGCGAGCUUUCGCUUCAAAAAAUUAUAGUUUCAGCGACGCUGCCCUCACAGUCCGAGCGCAGCAGCUGACACAGCAGCUGCAGAUUACCCCGGAAUCUUUUGCAAAUCAGUAUGACAGCUUCGCCCUUAUUAGCGACUGGAGCAUGGAGGUAACAGCGCAGCGGCUCAAGGUUGUUGCAGACUACCUGGAGAGUGAGCAGCGCAAGGAGAACUCACGGCCGCGUGGGGCCCCCAGCGGCAUGGGCGGCUCUGCCAUUAAGGCUGUUCCCCAGGCAGCGAAACCCACAUGGGAGGACUUGCCCGACAAGUUGGAUUAUACCACUCCAAGUGCCAAGCGACAGGCAUUGGACCCAGCCUCAGUCAACCCGGGGAACGCAACUAAGCCAUCGGCGGUAGGCGCGGUGAUGGGCACGCCGCAGCCAUCAGGGCUACAGUCCCAACAGCAGCGGCGGGGUGCCGGCGGCGGCGCCGGCAGCAUCGCGACCACGCCGCUUGCAUCUCGGCCGGCAGCGGGCACACCAUCGACGCAGCCGCCCAGCGCAUUUUCGCUGCGUACUAAUCAAGGCCAGCUGGUUGCAGUCCUGAACGACAACCUGCCUGGCCCAGCAGCGUAUACCCAGCAGCGGGGUUCUGGUGUGGUGGUUCGGCAGCUGGGCCAGCCUCCGCUGGAUACGGGGGCCCUGCUGUUCAUGAUGGAGGUGCUGGAGACGAAGGUCCAUGCCCUGGAUGAGCGCAUCAUGGACUUUGCAGACGCGCUCACCGCGGCGACACGGCACUUAGCCACAGCCUCGGGCACUGUCGCAUUGCAGCCACCGGCAACGGGCACGCCCCGUGGCGCAGCUGCCGCGAUUAACACGCCGCUAGGGCUUGCACCGCCGCCGGUGGCAUCGGCGGUGGUGGGCACACCGUCGGCUGCGGCACAAGCCGCCGCCACGCCGGGGGCUCUCUUCACGCCAGGCGGCAGCGGUGCCGCUCCGCCCCAGGCUGCAGCCGCCGCGCCUGGCGUGGCCGAGCCGCUGCAGCACUCUGUGGCCGAUAUGAGCCACCAGCCUGUGUGGGUGGCGGGGCGGGUUUUAGCGGAAACUGAGGGAGCACCCCUAAACUCAGAGAGCUUGUUGCUGGAGGGUUGUCGUGAAGCCAGCGGUGGAGCGCGAGUGCGGCUGGACGUCUCGUGCCUACCAGCCUACAGGCUCUUCCCCGGCCAGUCCAUCUGCGCCUACGGCCUCAACCCCACGGGAGGCAAGUUCAUCGCACAGAAGCUGGUGACGCAUGUGCCGCCACCACCACCACCGUCAUCAACAAUGGUGACGGCGGGGGCCACAGCCGGGCCCAACGGGGCGGCGUCGCGGGAGGGCGGCCUCUCCUUAGUUGUGGCGGCCGGACCCUACUGUCUGUCGGAGGAUCUGUCGUACUCGCCACUGGAGGAGCUCCUGUCGUACUGCAAUGCCCACCCGCCGGAUGUGCUACUGCUGCUGGGUCCCUUUGUGGACCAGGAGCACCCUGGACUGUUGGCAGCUGACCGCACCGCUGAGUCGUUCCUACGUGAGGAGGUGGUGAGGAGGCUGGCGGUGUGGAGGGCCGAGCACCCCGCCGCGAUGGUGGCUAUCAUGCCGGCAGUUCGCGACCUUACCGCGAUGCCGGUGCUGCCGCAGCCACCCAUGACGGCGGUGGCGCAGGCAGUGGGCCCGCCAGACAAGGCUAUUGCCCUCCAGAACCCCGCCACUGUGUCCCUGGGCCCCCUUCUGGUGGGGGCCUGCUCCACGGACCUGCUCAAGGCACUGAGUGCCAGCGAACACAGCCGGAUGGCCCCGGGGACGACUGCUGGGGGUGGGGAGAGGUUGCCGGCUCUGGCAAGCCAUGUGCUCGGGCAGCGCAGCUACUACCCGCUCUACCCGGCCCCACCGGGCACCUGUCUGGACACUAGCCACUACAGCCAGCUACAGUUGCCCGUUGCGCCGGAUGUGCUGCUACUACCAUCCGAUUUGGCGCCGUUCGCAAAGGUACUGACGCCCGCCACGUGGAUGGCGGGGGCCCCGCCGGACUUCAUGGAGGCUGUCAAUCGUACUGGCAGCACUGGUGCAGCAGCGGCAGUGAUGAGUACGGCGCCAGUGGUGGUGAUUAACCCUGGCCGGUUGUCCCGGGGUAGUGCGGGCGGCACGUUCGCCCACGUGGUGGUGUCGCCUGGGGCUGCGCCGGUGGUGGAGAGGACUCGAGUGGAGCCACAGCGGCUUCUGCAGCUACCGGCUUCCUCAGCUGACCAUGCUCCGGCGGGGCUGACUUUUGCUGCCGCGUUUCCCAUUAAGAAACAUGUCUCCCGUGGCACCGGCUUUGCUGGCCGCACCGGCAGCAACUUCUUCAGUGCUGACGGCGUUGUCGACAAGAGCACCGACAACGACGGCGACGCAGACGACACCCGCGGCGGUGCCGGCGGCGACGACUCCACCUGCACUCAGACCUGCUUCACCGGCCUUGCCAUCGGCAGCUCCGCAACAUGUAAGGCCCACGAGUUCGACCCUGGCAUGGUGUACAUGUUGACUGACGCGCGCACGCGUCGUGCGGGGCAGUCCUUCUUUGGCGACCGCACCCGGCUUCGUGCCGCCCUCAAGCGCUACCGCGACGGCGGUAACCUAACCGUGGUCACCAUCGGCGGCAGCAUCACUGCCGGCCAGGGCGCCGUCGACGCACCGUCGUACCCGAAAUGGCUGCAGCACGUGUUGGACGCCAACUUGCCCGACAAGAGCCGCGUGCGGGUGCACAACGGUGCGGUGCCGGGUACCAGCAGCCAAUACAUGUCUUCCUGCCACAACGUACACGUGCCGAAGGAGGCGGACAUCAUCUUUGUGGAGUACGCCGUGAACGAUGACGAGAUGCCCAUGCCGCACAUGAACAAUCAGGUGCGACGGCCGUACGAGAAGUUGCUGCGCAAGCUGCUGGGUUACCCCAACCGGCCCGCCGUGGUGUUGCUCCACGGUUUCUGCUGGUUCCGCAUCCCUGUGGAGAUGGCGGGUCAGUUUUGGAAUAGCGGCGAGCGCCAGCAGUCUGAGUUCGGUCUCUACUACGGGCUGCCCCAGCUGUCCAUCAAGGCAUGCUGCUACCACCACAUGGUGCAAGGCAAGAAGGGCUUUCAGGUGAAGCGCCCGCGUGCCGACACCAACGGCCGUAUCCAGCACGAGAACGGUAUCGACCUGCAACUGAAGGACAUGGCCUUUUACUACGACGUCGUCCACCCGGAUGGCCACACGGGCCACAGGGUCAUGGCCGAGGUGGCGGGACAGCUCAUACUGGACGUGUGGGCGGAUGUCGCCGCUGGCUAUGAGCCCAGCGCUGAGGACCUGAGUGUGUUGAACGCAUUACUGCCGGCCCCCAUGCUGCCCGAUAACCUGGAGUCCGCGGCGGACAAGUGUUUCAUUGGGCCAGCCUUCCAGAACACGAUGAUCGAGACGGACGGCUUUGAGUGGGUUAACGAGGGCAAGUCGGCGCAUCUGCCCAAAUGGGGCUAUGUGGGGGAUGCGCCUGACAAGUACAUCAAGUUUAAGAUCAACACACAGAGUACCGGUGCCGAUAAGAAUGCACAGGUGACUGUGGAGCUGGGCUACCUGCGCUCCUAUGAGAACAUGGGUCGUGCGGCGGUGCAGUGUGAGACCGGGUGUAGCUGCACCCCCUGGAUCCUGGACGGCCACCACGACCCCCGCACCAGCCAGACCUUCCUGCACGCCUUCAAGGCCACUCAGGCGGAGGAGUGCGUCAUCUCGGUGCGCAUUGUGAAGGAAACCACAAGCGGCAAGCACAAGGUCAAGAUUACGGGUGCAAUGGUUUCGGAAGAUCCCGACGCACGCGCGUUCCAGAACUGGGCUGCCUUCGACUGGGUGUCCGUCGCCUCGUCCAAGGAUCCCAAGGGUGUGUUUGAGAUCAGCAACACGGCGCGUAGGGCCCUCGUGGAGCGCCACGCCGCCUCCUCAGCGGACAUCAUGAGGAGGUACCACCAGGCCCUGGAGGCUGGAGCUGCCGCCGCAACCGUAGGAGGCGCGGAUAAUUUCGGAGUCACUGCCGGCGGGGAGCUGAGCGCCGCAGAGGCGGCGGAGCUCUUGGACUAG